GGCUCUUGGUUUGGCCAGAGACGGAGAUAGAACAGUCACUUUAUCUUUCAUCUGUCUACGGAUUGAACAAGAAAUCAUGAAGCUGCUGCUCAUCCUUCUAGGCAUUGCCUUAGCAAAUGCCGCAACGACCAUCACCCAGAACAAUGAUCUGGAGAGGAGUAUAACCAUCCACAGAAAUACUCCGGAGAAGUACCCGACCGAGUUCGAGCUUGGCAAGUCCCACCGGUACAACUACACGGCCGACAUCAGGAACAGAUUCCCCCAGACCACCAACGACAACGAGACGGUGGGACAGAGGCUGCAAUGCAUCGUGGAGAUCUACCCGCUCACCACCACCCUCUGGAAUAUGAGGUUGGUUGAUCCGACCCUCUUUGAGAUCAACGCAACCCACGACAAGCCGGAGAGGAUGGUCAACUCCACCAAGGUGACUGAGGAACUGAGAGAACUCCUGAAGUACAACGUCUCCUUCCAAAUCACUCAGGGAAAGAUCGAGACUGUUUGGGCCAACAAGCCGGAGGAGGAAUGGAUCGUCAACCUCAAGAAGGGUAUCAUGAACAUGAUCAGUCUCCAGAUGGAGAGGGAUAACGUCUACGAAGUCGAUGAGGAGGGCGUGUCUGGCACCUGCAAGACCCUGUACACCGUCAAGGAGACCCGCAACGAGGACCUGAUGACCAUCCUGAACGUGACCAAGGUCCGGGACCUGACCAACUGCAGCAAGACUGCCUUCAACAAGCUGUGGACCUUCAGAAGCCAGGACUGUGAAACCUGUGACAAGAACAAGGAUACCAUGGAGGCAACCGCCACCUUCAAGUACAACAUCACCGGAACCAGGCAGAGGUACAUCAUCAACGGUGUCCGCUCAGAUGCUCGCUACGUCUUCUUCCCCAUGGGCAUCAAGGGCGGAUCUGUCUCUGUCCAAGUCAACCAGAGCCUUCAGCUGAUCAACGUGACCACCGAUCCGUACUUCGAGAAGUGCCCCACCCAGGAGUCCCGCGGCGGCCUGACCUACAAGUUCCCCGAGAUCGUCAAGGUUGAGGAGGAGAUGCUGAACACCGUCAACAAGGUCAACUUCUUCCUGAAGAAGCUGGAGGAGCAGACCAUCAAGCCCUUCACCAUCGACACACCGAGCCACUUCCUCCUCUUGGUCAAGAGCCUGUCUGAGGCUGACUACAACACCCUGGAGGACAUGUGGAACAUGGUCCGGGAGAAGCCCGAGCAGAGGAAGUGGCUGAUUGAGGCCAUCCCCUUCGUCAACCAGGAGGAGAUGACCCAACUCAUCAAGGAGCUCAUCACCUCCGAGGAGACCCUCCUGACCACCGAGGAGAAGAUCACCAUCCUGCAGAGGAUUGGCUUCAUCAGGCAGCCCACCGAGAAGACCGUUGAAACCCUCCGGGACAUCUGCGAGCACAAGGUCCUCCAAUGGCACCACAACACCAAGGUCAACACCACCUACGUCUACCACCUGGUCCGCAUGCGCCACUCCUGCUACCGCUCCCUGGGCAUCCAGAUCCACGCUCUCAAGAAGAUGAACAAGUUUGUCUCGCCGAGCCUCGUCCAUACCCUGACCGUCUGCGAGAAGAAGUUCUCGGAGAGCGUUUCUCUGACUGAGUGGGACCCAACGGUCUACAAGCAGACGGUGGCCAACCGGAUCAGCAAGGAAGUGGGCGACUACCUGACGAUGGAGGAAGCCCAGACCCUCCUGGAGACCACCAUCAAGACCAAGGUGCGCGAGAUGUGCCUGAUCGCCAUCGGCCAGGCCGGCCUGCCGGACCACAUCACCUACGUCCAGCCGAUCCUUGAGCAGACCUUCACCAACCAGACCCGGGAUGUCAGAAUUGCCGCCUGCUCGGCCAUGAGGAGGAUGAGGACCAUCCCCAACAAGGUUCUGUCCGUGACCCUGCCCCUCCUGCGCAACCCCUAUGAGGACUCCGAACUCCGCAUCACCGCCUACCUGGUCACCACCCUGACCACCAAGCGCCCCUCCGUCUUCACCCUGAUUGGCCAGGAGCUGAACCAUGAGAAGUCCCAGCAGGUCCGCAGCUUCAUCUACUCCCACCUCAAGAUGUUGUCUGAGAACGUCGAGCCCUGCGAGAAGGACAAAGCCAUCGCUGCCCAUUAUGCCCUUGUCUUCACCAAGCCUUUCAACCGUGGACCAACCUACUCCAAGGUCCGCAUUGUGGGCACCUACGACCAUGAGACCAAGCUUGGAGCCAAUAUUCAGACCCGGACCAUUUUCUCUGAGGGCGAGCUGACACCAAGCAGGACCAACGUCGGACUGGAGGUCGACACGUUCGGCAAGAAGACCGGCAUCGUGGAAGUUGAGGUGAGGACCAGUGGCAUGACCAACCUCCUUGAGAAGAUGUUCGGUCAUGAGGGACACUUCUACAACCGCAAGAGCAUCUUUGACCUCCUGAAGGAGAGCAAGAGGAAGAGGCGAUCCAGCAGCAACAACGAGGAGGAGCUGAACAAGAUCAACGAGAAGGUGAAUCCAUACGAAGUUACCCCCGAGGACCCGCGCCUGAGGGUCUACGUCAAGAUGAUGGGCAACCGCGUCUUGGACAUGGACGUCAACAAGGACUACCUGACCACCCUGAUCAAGGAGGGCAAGUUCUUGACCGACUGGACCAGCCUGGAUGAGGAGCUGGCCAAGAAGCAGAUGUUCAACACCACCAAGGGCAUGGUUCUGAUGGACUACAUGUUCCAGCACCCGACCAUCAUGGGUCUGCCCCUGUCUUACAACACCACCGUGGCCAGCAUUCUGAGGGUCAAGAUCAACGCCACCGUCCAGGCCCACCCAUCCCUCUUGCUCAGCCAGGAGACCCUGACUGGAAGCUUCAACAUCACCCCAGAGGUUGUCGUUAACGCCGUCUUCAAGAUGGGCUGCCACAUCCCCCAGAUCAAGUUUGGCUCGGCCAUGAACACCACCUUCAACGUCACCCUGCCCGUCCACACCAACGUCAGCAUUGACUUCACCAAGAAGAAGUACGAGGUGCUCUUCCCUCAGAUCGAGAGGAACUUGACCUUCCUGAACUUCACUCACAAGCUGUACACUUUCUGGCAGAGGAAGGACGAGAUGGAGAACCAGACCAUUCUCAACACCACCCUAACCAACAGGAAGCCAGUCCAGAAGGUCUUCUGCGUGGAGCCCAUCAACGACACCAAGGUGUGCAUGAACGUGACCUUUACCCCGCGUCUGGGCCAGCCGACCUCCCCGUACCAUCCCCUUACCGGACCCAGCUGGCUGUCCAUCUACAACAACAAGACCUUCUGGGCGCCCAAGAUGAUCAAGUUCAUGUACCACGUCAAGAACCCCGCGAGCUGGGAGACCGAGAAGAAUGUUGACCUCAUCAUGACCACCACCGGCAUCAAGCGCGACCUGACCGAGUACGAGAACAUCACCACCUUCAGCGUCCGCGUCAACCACCCCAACAAGAGGAUCACCAUCCAGACCACCGACAACCAGCACCCGACCUGGCACAGCGAGAUCACCGCCAUCAACAAGGAGGGUGGGGAAGUUGACGUAGAGGCCAAGUGGGGCUACCCGCGUACUUACACCCAGAUGAUCAACAACACCGAAAAGACGUUCCACCGCGAGUACUUCUGGAAGAUCAACAGCCAGAGCUGGACCUGGAACAACACCCGCAACAUCACCAUCUACUGGGCUGAGGUGCCAUCGUGGGUCAAGAAUGUGACCUGGCUGACCAAGACCUAUGUCCUGCCCAUCGUGCUGGAGACCGUUAAGAAGACGACAGACACCGACUUCAUCGUGGAGCCAAUGAUGAACCCCAUGGUCAACUCAACCACUGUCUCCCUCAAGAUCAAGACCAACUUCACCAUGGACAUUGAGAUCCACCUGCCCAUUGAGAAGAUCACCCUGGUCAACGUGACGGUUCCCGUCAACACCUCCGUGCUGAACCGCAACAUUCCUGAUGCCGUGAACACCAUCCAGAGGCGCCUGACCGAGAAGUACCUGUCUGGCAACUGCACAUACAACCACACCGGCAAGUUCAUGACCUACGACCAGGUUCCCUUCAAGUACAACCUGACCGGCAGCUGCCCCCAUGUCCUGACCAAGGAUUGCUCUCCCGAGCAGCGCUUCACCGUGCUGGUCCAGAACACGCGCCAGUCCAACCAGAUGGUCCGCACCAACCCCACCGUCACCGUCUUCAUUGACAACCACAAGGUGGAGCUCAUCACCCAGAACGAGGGCGAGGUCUACGUCAAGUACAAUGGCAUGGAGGAAAUGACCCACCACGACUCCUCCCCGCUGGAGACCGCGGUCGGAACCAUCGAGCGCAACCGCACACACAUCACCAUGAAGACCACCAUCGGACUGACCGUCGUCUACUGCAAGCACAACGUCACCACCUACCUGUCACCGUGGUACGUCAACAAGACCUGCGGUCUUUGCGGUGACUUCAACGGCGAGACCUUCUUGGACAUGAAGAACACCAAGGGAGAGGAGGUGAAGAACAGCACAAAGUUCGGUGCCAGCUGGCUGGUACAGGGUGAUGACUGCACGGACCACACCUGCAAGCUGACUAAGGAAGAUCUGUACGCCCUGCCCGAGAUGGUCUACCUGGCCAACAAGCCGGCCGUCUGCUUCAGCAAGGAACCAGUCAAGCUCUGCCCCAUCGGCUGCAACAACGAGUCUCCCGAGAACGUCUUCACCACCGCCUUCGUGCCCACGAAGCAGUUUGUCAAGGUUCCAUUCUUCUGCAUGGCCUCUGAGAACGUCGAGGAGACCAAGGCCCAGAUGAAGACCCGCAGCGAGCUCAUCAAGUCGCAGCCCAUCGACCUGUACAGAGACAUCGAGCUGCCGCAUGAAUGCAAGUGCACCAGCGACUGCAACACCAAGCAGUAGAGUUGUCGUGCCUUGUCGCAGCUGCGGAAACGGACGUGCUGGACACUUUAAAAAAACCAAACCCUGACUAAAGAUUACUCGGACUGUAUUACCUGAAGAAACUGUUUACGAUAGCUAUUGCUUUUGUUUUAAAAAAAUACCUCCCUAGGAGGGAUGGAUUUAAGAAAAGAACAAAAAAUAUGUGUAAUUUAAAAGAUUGAUUUUGUUGGAAUGGUAUUUUCUGAAGGCUGCAUAGGGCCAAUAAAUUUGUGUUUGUAAGAAGCUAAUUUGUGCUAUAUAACCAGUAUUAUCCUGUAAUGUUCUUUACUGUUUUUCUCUAACUGACUACUUUCUUUCGUAUCUUUAUAUUUUGGAAUGUGUAUCCUUUCUUAGUGAACCAUUUAGAACUGCCUUCUUUUCCUUUUUUCUCUUUUACUUCUCGUCUUCUUAAUUCCUUUUUCUUCUCUUCUUAAAGUUUUUAUCACUUAUUUCUUUCCUGUCCUUAGUGACUUAAACUUUUAUUUUUCCUGUCUUUUCUGUCCAAUUUAGUCAUUCAGCCAAAAGUACUCUUUCACUGAACCGAAAACUAAAUUCCACGUAGUUCUGUAGAAGUAGUCGAAUGAAUCUCCUUUCUUCCCCAGUAAAUUCAUUGUCAGUGAUGUAGUUGGGAUAGAAGACCACUGUAAAAAAUAAAGGCACUUUGUACAUUGGCCAUUUGUAAGGUUGGAGGUUUAGAGGUUGGAGUUUUGUGAUGAAUUUGUAGAGAGGGAAUGUUUAAUAAACAAAAUGUCAGAAUUAAAAGCACACUAAUUCCAGAAGUGUAA